GUCUCUUCUUCGUUCUUUUAAGUUUUAAUAGACGACGACGGCGACGAGAAGGAGAAUUAGCGAGAUCGGAAGGAGAAAAAAUGGAUCAAUUCUCAGGAGGAGGAGGUAAUUGGUCGAUGAUCCCAAACGUGCAGGCGCAAGGUAACUUCGGUACACCGACGAAUCAUGACCAGCAACUAUUCCUCCAGCAACAACAAUUACAACAACAACAACAACAACAACAACAACAACAGUUUCAUCUUCAACAACAACAACAGACGCAGCAGCAACAACAACAAUUCCAGCCACAACAACAACAAGAGAUGCAACAAUAUCAGCAAUUCCAACAACAGCAACACUUCAUCCAACAACAGCAAUUCCAACAACAACAACGGUUGUUACAAUCUCCUCCUCUUCAGCCACAGUCGUUACAAUCACCUCCGCCGCAACAGACGAUGGUUCACACGCCUCAAUCUAUGAUGCAUACACCGCAGCAACAACAACAGUUGGUUCAAACUCCGGUGCAGACUCCUCAACAGCAUCAGUCUUUAGCUUCUCAUUUCCAUCUCUAUCCGAUGGUGGAGAAAUUAGCUGAUGUGAUCGAAAAUGGAACACGAGAUCAGAAUUCUGACGCCCUGGUGAAUGAAUUGAAUAGCCAUUUCGACAAGUGUCAACAGUUGCUGAAUUCGAUUUCAGGAUCACUAGGAUCUAAAACUAUGACUGUUGAUGGCCAAAAGAGAAAUGUUGAAGAAAGUGAGCAAUUGCUUCAACAGAGAAGGGAUUUGAUUGUGGAGUAUAGGAAAUCUAUUGAAGAGAUUGUGACAAUGGAGCAUUAGUUUCUCAUAUUUUGAUUCAGCAACUGUUUAGCUACUUAAGACCAAUAAUUGUUAUCAAUAAACCAAUCUUGAUUCACAUAAUAAAGAGAAUGUGGUUUUCUUCAAGAAAAUUCAUUCUUCGGAUUACAAAUAGAUCACAAUGCAUAAUGUGUUUUGUCUGCAUCAAACCAAACCAAAAUCUUUGUAUGUGGGACAUGCAACAGAAAGCUCAACCCA